GAUAUGGAAAUCCGCAUAAGUCACGUUCAGUUGUGGCAGUUCCGUAAUUCAGGUCAUUCAGGUGACAUUGCUGAUAUGAGAAAAAGGAAAUAUUUCACAGCCGUUUGCUUACUGACCACAAUCCUGUUAGCAAUUCAGCAUAUCCUAAACAUCGAUUUCGAAAUAUGGACCAGCCGACAGCCGAAAAUGAAAUACAUUCUGUACUGGACGGAGAUGUUCCAUCAAGCCGAUUUCAAUUUGGGAUUGGGCAGUGAGAUUUUCGAAAAAUGUUCCGUGAGCAACUGCUUCGCUACGAACAACAAAACCCUUUUGCCAGUCGCAGACUUCGAUGCACUGCUUUUCCACGGGGUAGAGUAUAACUCCGAUGUCCAUGGAAAACCCGAGAACAGGUCUGCUCAUCAAAUCUACGUCUAUUCCAAUCAGGAGGCUCCAACAAACACGCCCGUGUUUGAAAGAUUGGACAAUUUUUACAACUGGACUAUGACAUACAGAUCAGACUCGGAAAUCAUUCGUCCAUAUGGUUUCUUCGAACACAAAAACACCGACUACAUCCUACCCUCCAUAGAAGAAAUCCGCAACAGGUCAAGAAAAAUAGCCUGGCUAGUCUCCAACUGCGAUACCCAGAGCUUGAGAAACCGACUCUACGAAAACAUCAACAAGUACAUGGAUGUGGACGUGUACGGUAAUUGUGGAAACUUGACCUGUCCUAAAGAAGACAAAGACAAAUGUUACGACUUCCUGGAAAAACACUACAAGUUUUAUUUAUCCUUCGAAAAUGCUUACUGUCGCGACUACGCCACAGAAAAGGUGUUCAAUGUUUUACAGAAAAAUUUAGUUCCUAUAGUCUACGGUUGGGCUGACUAUGACAAAAUUGCUCCGCCUCAUUCGGUAAUCGACGUGACCAAGUUUGAUUCCGCGAAAAGUCUAGUGGCUUACUUGAGAAUGUUGGACGAGAAUCCAGCGAAAUAUAUGGAGUAUUUCAUGUGGAAGAGAUCGUAUGUGGUGGACACUAGCAACAGGUUCGCUCUAUGCAGGCUUUGCGAGAAAUUGAACGAACAGCACAGUUAUAAAGUGUAUGACAAUAUCGACAAUUGGUGGAGAAACACUGCUGGAACUGAAAUUUGUAAAAUGAGGAAUUCGUUACCAAAAAUAGUGGUAGAUUACAAAAAAUAUUGA